AUGUUAAAUAAGUGUAAGUAUUUGUUUAUUUGUGGUGCAAUCGCAUCUGGAAUUGGAAAGGGAACCAUAAAUAGUAGUAUAGGAAUGCUAUUGAAAUAAUACGGUUAUAAGGUGUCUUUUUUAAAAAUUGAUCCAUAUUUAGUAUGAUUUAUUACAAAAGUAGAAUAUUGAUGCAGGUACAAUGAAUCCUUAUGAGCAUGGUGAAGUUUUUGUUACAGGUGAUGGGUAAGGAAUAGUAUUACAAUAUUAGAGGAGAGGUUGAUUUAGAUAUUGGAAAUUAUGAAAGAUUUUUAGAUAUUGAGUUGUCCUUUUACCAUAGCUUAACUAGUGGAAAACUCUAUUAAAAAAUAUUAUAGUAAUAUAUUUAAAUUAUAGUAAUAGAAAAGAGAGAGAAGGACACUAUUUAGGAAAAACAGUUUAAGUGAUACCUCAUGUGGUUGAUGAAAUAAAAAAUUGGAUUAGACACUUAACGACCGUACCAUUGAAACAUGACACUGAAGAUAAACCAGAUAUAUUGUUAGUAGAAGUAGGAGGAACUGUUGGUGACUUGGAAUCAACUUGUUAUUAUGAGGCAGUUAGAUAAAUGAUAAAUGAAGAGGGAAAAGAUAAUGUUGGUUUGGUAAUAUAAUUUUGAAUAUAAUAGAUAAUGCUUACUUAUAUUUUGACAUUGAAUAAUGAACAAAAAACAAAACCUGCAUAAAAUGGCAUAAAGGAUCUUAGAUAUACAGGAUUAAUAGCUGAUUUCAUAAUAUGUAGAUCUGAAACAGAAUUAUAAAUUUCAUAAAGAGAUAAAUUAGCUAUGUUUGGAAAUAUAUCUAAAGAUUCAAUAUUUUCUGUUCCAAAUUCUUAACAUAUUUAUGAUGUACCAGAAGUAUUACAAAGAUAAAAAUUGGCUGAACAUAUUUUAGAAAAAUUUAAACUUCCAAUUUAAAAAAUACCUAAUAUUGAAAAAUAUACUAAAUUUGGACAAUAUUUGAAAGAAUUAGAAUAAUAAAAACCUAUUACAAUAGGAAUUAUGGGAAAAUAUAUGAAAAAUUUGGUAAUUAAUUUAUUAUAUUUAGGAUGCAUAUAUGUCUUUAAUUAAAGCAUUAAAAGAGGCAAGUUAUGCAAUUAAAGUGAAUUUACAAUUAAAAUAUAUUGAUCUUGUUGAAUUCCAAAAUAGUUAAAAUCCUGAAGAAUAACUUGAAAAAGAAUGUGAUUAAUUUGAUGCUAUCCUUGUGCCAGGUGGAUUUGGAUAUAAUGGUUUUAAUUUAAAAAUCAAAUGUUGUUAAUAUGCUCGUGAAAAAAAGAAACCUUUUCUUGGAAUCUGUUAUGGAUUUUAAGCAGCUGUUAUUGAAUAUGCUUAAAAUAUAUUAGGAAUUAAAGAUGCUACUUCAGAAGAAUUGAAGGAAGAAUAAAAAGGAACAAAUUUUGUUGUAUUUAUGCCAGAAAUCAAUCCAAAAUUAUUUGGUGGUAAUAUGAGAUUAGGAAAUCAUGAAACAUUUAUUGAGUAAGAAAAUUAAUUUAUUUGAGAAAUAAAGAGAGCAUAGCAUAUCAAAUAUAUGAUUCAGAAAUAGUAUAAGAAAGACAUAGACAUAGAUAUGAAGUAAAUCCUGAAAAGAUUCAAAUUUUAAAUGAAAAUGGAUUGAUUUUCUCUGGAAAAGAUAAGUAAACUGGUUAAAGAAUGGAAGUAUUAUUUUAUUAAUAAAUUUAAGAUUCUAGAAUUACCAAAAAAUUAACAUCCAUUUUAUGUUGGAGUUCAAUAUCAUCCAGAAUUUACUUCUAAAAAUUUCAAACCAAAUCCAUUAUUUGUUAGUUUUGUUUCUGCUGCAGCAAAUGGAGAAUAUAAAAAAUAAAAGAUAGAUAUCAACUAUAACAAUUAAAUUUGAGAAAAUAGUUGAUUCUAAAUUAUUAUUAUCAUUUAAAUUAAGUAUUUCAGCAAUAAUAUUAGGAUAUUAUCUCAUUAUAUAAGUUAAUAUAUUUAAUACCUAAUAAAAUAACUAUUUAUUUGAGUUCUCAUAAUUAAUUUUCUAUCAAUUCUUUCCUAUUAUUUUAGAUAUUAUACUCUAUAAUUCAGUUCCAUUAAUCUACUGAAAUUCCAAAACGUCCUUUAUUAAUAUUUGUGAUUCCAAAAUUUAACAUUAAAAUAAAAAUGAAAAAUUGUAAUCAAAACAAAUUAUUGAAGUAAACCUCAUUUUCAUCAGAGGCAAAAUUAGUUAGGUCUUAAAUUUCAAUUCAAUCCUAAUUAAACUCAUAUCCAGUAUUUAUUUUUAAGUAUUAAUUAGAAUUUGCUAAAUCAGUUUCUUCGUUCCUCCUUCAAAAUAUAUUCAGAAAUGAAAGAAGACAUAAUAUAAUAUCAAUAAUGUAAAUUAUCCUUAAGAUUUGAAUAAAUUUAUUUUUUAAUGGCAACAUAGAAAUUAUUCAUGUAUCUCAAUAAAAUGUAAGAAUAAUAUAAAAAAUUGCAAAAAUAAGAAGCAUUUUAUAUCAUUUUAAGAUUAGCUACAAUAGAUUAAAGUAAUUGUAGUAGUUUUUUUAAAUCUCCUCAAAGAUGCAAUUCUCCUGGAAUAGUUUCUAAAGAUAUUGGGUAAUUCUAUAUUUUAUUAAAGAAUGGAAAAAAAAAUUCAAAAUUAACAAUUAAUUAAAAUUAUUUAGGAGCUUUAAUUGUAAAUAGCUGGACAAGAAAUAAGUAAAGCACUAUAUUAAUUUUAAAAUAAAAUUCUAAAAGAAACAUUUCAUAAAUUAAGAUGGAUUAUAAAAUUAUCAUAACAUUUGGAAAAAAUAAAAUUUAUUAUUGAAGUCUCCAAUUAUAGAAAUGCUUUAAAUUAAUUAAAAUAAUAAGCAAUAUAAAUAAGAAAAUUUGAGGCAGGAUUAUUAUUGCUUAAUUUGAAAAUUAAAAAAAUUAUUUUAAGCAACCAAUUUUAUUUUUUUUAUUCUUUUAAGGUUUAAUCACUUCAAUGUUAAGCUAAAAAACAAAAAAAAGUAAAAAAGAAAUAAAUAGAAGUUUCUUUUAAACUAUAAGAUGAAUCUUUGAAAUUAGUGAAACUAUACUCUUUUUUUAUUAGAUAUUGUUAUAGAUAACCCUUUGAUUUACUUAGAAAGUAAUUAUAUUCAAACUAAUAAUUUGAUUUGCUAUCUAGAAACAGCAAUGUAUAGUAAAGAUUGUCAAUUGAUCAUGUUUCUUAAGUAUUACCAUAAUAAUAAUCCUAAAUUUUGGAGUCUUUUCAUGUUGUUGAAAAUUAAUAAUAAGAAUAAUUAGAAAAUUCAUAAAAUUAAGUUUAAAAACCAAAGUUUGAAAUUAAAUCAAGUGGAAAAAUUGCUAGAUCCAUAAAAUUAUAUUGUAUUUUAUAAAUAUAUCAUAGUGAAUGAAUAUGAGAAGUAAUAAUUAUAAAUCCAAUAAUAGAUAAUUAAAUCAAAAAUAUAUAAAAAACCUAAAGUAAGUUAAUCAAUCGAAGAAAAUAAUAAGAAAAGAUUACUCAAAAAUAAAAAAUAAAUCAUCUGCUUGAUUUUUUCAAUAAUAAUUUUUUGUAUUGCAUUAAUCUUUUUAUUUUAAUGA